AUGGCCACCCACGGAAAUGGCAUAAAUUUUCACGUACCCAAGGUCAUUACCAUUGUCUCGGCUUCUCACAGUGAUUCACCCAAGCACUCGACAGUAGAUAUUCGAACGUCUGGAGUCAUCCAACCGGGCGAUCUGCUAAUGUCGAUUCAGGGUGAUUCGCCACUGGGCAAAUCAAUCGACAAAUUGAACGCUCGCUACAGCCUCUGCGACGAUCAGCGCUGUCCUGGUCGUCUAGCAAUUGUGACUCAGUACACGGUGGCAGACAACGUUAUUCCCAACUGCGGAGUUUUUGACGUACGCAUAAUAAAGCGCUCCGCAAGUCUUGGAAUAAAUCUUCAAGGUAAGGGCAAAACUGCACUCUCUAAAUUUAUUAAUUGA